GCAUACCAGCUUCGAAGGGCAGCAGCUUCACGAAGUCAAUCCAGGUCAUCUCCAGCUCUCGCCAAGGUCCUGACGCGAACCGCACCGAGAUCCGGAACGUCAACAAAAUGGUUCAAAAGGCGAUCACGUUCCUGUCUGGCGGGUUUAGCAUCCAGUACGAUCCAAGGGCGCUUGAGAUUGGCGGAGUGGGCAUCGCUGCGAUUGGGCUGGUCGCCCUUGCCGGGGGGGCCGUAGUAGCAACCGCAGGGGCGGGCUUGUUCUACCUCGGCUAUGCGACUUCUCUUGCUCUGGCCGGAAGCGCAGCUGGAGUUGCUGGAGGGGGCGCUGCCGCGACCGUUGCCGGCGUCGGACUUACUGUAACGGGUGUUGCGCUUGGCAAGUCGGAGUUUCUGAUUGAUUCGUACGUGGACGUGCUGAAGCUCGCGGUCAACGAGGCGCGCCUCUGGACGCCAGAAUACAAGCCCGACGAAGAGCUCCCCAAAGACGAGGAUGCGCAGCUGCUGUCGCUGGAACAGGAACUGGGCAAACUCGUCGUCAAGUCCACGGAUUUUGCCCGGCUGGUUGAUAAGCCCAACGGGGCACUGCCCACGUUCAAGUACAAACUGCUGCUGGGCUCGACGGAGGAGACUCGUCGCAACCUGCUGAGGCGCAUCAAGAUGAUUGUGGCGGCCACGAAGCUGUACAAGCCGAUCAAAUCGACCCGCUUCGUAGGUAUCGUGGGAGCUGAAGAUGCUGGAAAGUCCACGUUCAUCAAGAAGGUGAUGCUCGCCAAGGGCGUCAAGUCAAAAACUACCCCGGCAGUUGGUGAUCAUCUCCACACUAGGGUGGUCUUUCCGUACGAGAUCACGGAGAGCUUGUGGCUUGUGGACUUCCCUGGAGGAAACGGCCUAGGCGAUUACGCCGACUCGUGGCAGCAAUUCACCUCUCUGCCCAGCUCCGCGAUUCUUCUGCUGCACUUCAACAAUGACAUCAAGACAGAGCACGUCGAGAUGUACAACAACAUGAUGAAGAAGAGUCUGGAGACGUCGCACCUGAUUGUUGCGUUCAACCGUGUGGACGACAAGUUCGGCCGCGCGGACAGACCUUGCCCCGACGACUACUUUGACGAGCUGAAGAAGAAAGCCGUGGAGGCGCUCAAAUGCACGGCAUCCGAAGUGCACUACGUGUGCCUCGAUCCGGAGGUUCCGGAGAAGUGGGAGCGCCUCAAGAAGCUCGGUGUGCUCGACUUCGAGCAGUUUGCCAAAUUGGCGAUCGUUGGCCUCGAGUUCUGA